AUGGCUCCCAUUUCCAAGACCCUCGCCCUUGCCGGCGCUCUCUUCGCCAUCACUGGCCAUGCUGCUCCCUUCAACAAGCGCGCUGUCGUUUGGGAGACUGUCACCAACGUUGUCUGGGAGACUGUCGAUGUGACCACCACCAUCUACCCCGGCCAGACUCAGCCUACCGUGGUUCCCGUGGUUGCCACUACCACCACCGCUGUCGCAACUGAGGUGACUUCGACUGCUCCCGAGGCCCAGGUUUCCCAGGCCGACUCCUCCAGCCAGGAGGAGACCUCCGCUGCGGCUCCCACUACCACCGAGCAGGCCGUCCCCACCACCACUGCUCAGCAGGCCCCUGCCACCACGGCCGCUCCCGUGGAGCAGGCCCCUGCUGUCCAGGCCGCUGCUGCUCCCGAGUCCAGCUCGACCUCCUCUGCUGCUCCCGCUGUGACCCAGUCCACCAACUCUGGCUCCAGCUCCAAGUCCAGCACUUCCACCAGCUCGGGUUACAACGGUGCCUGCUCCGAGGGUUCUCCCUGCAACGGUGACAUUACCUACUACGAUACUGCCACCACCAUGACCAACCCCAGCUCCUGCGGUACCACCAACGACGGCAUGACCGAGCUCGUCCUUGCUCUUCCCCACGGCAUCAUGACCGACGGUGACUGCGGCAAGUCCGUGACCAUCGAGUACAACGGUGUCAGCAAGACUGGUACCGUUGUUGACAAGUGCAUGGGUUGCGACAACAACUCCAUUGAUCUGUCCCGUGCCUUCUUCGAGGCUGUCGCUGGAUCCCUGGACGCCGGUCGCAUCUCCGAUGUCAAGUGGUACAUCAAUUAA